AUGAACCUUAGACAAGCGCUCUGUCCAACGUUGGAUCAGACUACAUGUCUUGUUUUGCACACAUUCAAAUUUUUCGGAUUCAUUCCAUUCGAAAUCGAUUGUGUCAGUUUGAGAGUUCGCCACAAGCUACAUAGAAGUCCGUUUACCUUCAGAUGGGUCAUCGGAAUAGCAGUGUUCUAUGCGUUGGAAGCCAUAGUUGGGUGCAUCUUCCACGAUUCCAUGUUUUUCAAUGAUUUUGCAAUUGGUUGGAUCAACGAUAUGCUUAAGUAUUCAAGUGAAAUGUGUGCAAUUUACGUUGCUCUAGUGGAAAUUGUUACUCAAAGGAAUGUGCAGUUACAAGUCUUUGAUCACUUGUUCAAAUUGAAGCAGGAUUUGAAGAGAGCGGGGAUUCCUACGGUGAAACUCUACAAGGAAUCCCACAAACAGUAUUCAACCAAAUUUUUCAUGUAUAUUGGAAUUACUCUUGCCAUGGAACUGAAGUUAGUAACAGGUGUCAUGGCGUAUAGCAGUCAGUGGGUUAAAAGUUGGAGUUUCUCUAUUCUGCUGCUCGCCUUCGGUCGACUACGAAGUUUGUUCUACAUUUUCUACAUGGACCUUAUAAAAGUUCAGCUGACUUCCAUUGAAACGCGCUUGGUGGAAAUUGUCGCACUAAUGCAAUGGGCAAAGGCCUUUCCUCCCAAUUGCAAUGAACAUAGACAGAUUGUUGAAAGUGUCUCAGUGUCAUUGCUAUUUUUGAAAAAUUGUUACGGUGAAAUUUGGCUGAUAACUAUAAAUGUCAACAAUACACUUGGCUGGAGUAUCUGCUUCAAUUUAGUGAGCAGUUUCGUACAAGUAUCAUGCGAUUUAUACUGGCUGUAUUUAACCAUGCAUGAUAAGGCAGAAGAUGGGUAUGGAGAACUUUUCUUGAGCCUGUGUCCAGCUCCUAUGUUGAUAGUGUUGCUACUAUAUUCGGCAGAAGCCUGUAUGGAAGUGGCUGGCUCACUGGGACCUCUACUGCAUGAAAUCCCAAAAUGUAGCAAUGUAGAACUGUACAAGAUUGUAUACCGAUUUUCAAGCCAUAUUGCCCAGCACCCGAUCAGAUUCUCAGCGCAUAGUUUAACUGAAAUUAACUACAAAUUGCUUAAAAUGCUCAUCACAGGAAUUACCACCUAUAUGAUAAUAUUCAUUCCGUUUUCUUCGAAUAUUCCGGACGUAGUUGGAAAAGACGUGACUCGAGUGAAGUGA